ACUUAACGGCGAUGUCACGUCGUGUCUUUGUCAGUGUUCUUGUGACUUCAGUAUUCUGGUUCAUAGCAGCUCUUUGCUUCAUUGUGUUUUUCGGUUCUUCAAAUACUGACCAGAAAGGCAACCCUCCUCAAGGGAAGCGUCACGUGUCUAAUCUGGGAGCGGGGAAGGAGCUGCCUGCCGUCAAACUACGGCCAGAAGACGAAGCCGAAAAGCAAGCAGGAUACGCGAGACAUGCGUUCAAUCAACUAGUUAGUGAUCGAACUGCUUUGGAUCGCCCCAUACCAGACACACGAGAUCCACUGUGCAAGGCUCGAACGUAUCCUGUGCAGAUGCCUUCCUCUAGUGUCAUUAUCAUCUUUCACAAUGAGGCUUGGUCAACUCUUUUGAGGACUGUUCACAGUGUUCUAAAUAGGAGUCCUCCAGAUUUACUUCACGAGGUUAUUCUGUUUGAUGACUUCAGCACACACGAGGAUCUAAAAGGCAAAUUGGAUGAUUAUGCUAACUCUCUGCCAAAGGUAAAGGUUGUUCACGCGAAAAAACGAGAAGGUUUAAUUAGAGCUCGUUUGGGUGGUGCAGCUGCAUCGACUGGUCAAAUCUUGGUAUUUCUUGAUAGUCACUGUGAGGCAAAUGUUGGUUGGCUUGAACCGCUAGUAGAACGAAUUCAUUUAUAUCGGAAAACUGUUGUGUGCCCUGUUAUUGAUUUGGUUGAUUCUGACACCUUCCGAUAUGCAGGAUCACCUUUGGUACGAGGUGGUUUCAACUGGGGUCUUCAUUUCAAGUGGAAGCCGAUACCACAACACGAAGUAAAACGAAGGACAGAUGCUACAUCAGACAUUCGUUCUCCAACUAUGGCAGGUGGUUUGUUUGCUGUUGAUAGGGAUUAUUUUGAAGAGAUCGGGUCAUAUGAUAAGGAGAUGGACAUCUGGGGUGGUGAGAACUUGGAAUUGUCAUUCAGGAUAUGGCAGUGUGGGGGAAUGUUAGAGAUCAUUCCAUGUUCUCGUGUUGGUCACGUUUUCAGAAAACGUCAUCCAUACACUUUUCCGGAUGGAAUUGAUCAUACUUUUUCUAAGAAUUCUAUGAGAGUUGCUGAAGUUUGGAUGGAUGAAUACAAAAAGUUUUACUAUGCCACACGUCCAGAUUUAAAGGGGAAAGACUUUGGAGACAUUUCUAAAAGGGAGCAGUUGAAGGUUCGAUUGCAGUGCAAAUCUUUCAAAUGGUAUUUGGCGAAUGUGUAUCCUGAACUGGUUGUACCUGAUGAAAAUGUUCGAGCAUGGGGUGAGGUUCGAAACCCAGACAGUGCUCUUUGUCUUGAUACACUUGGCAAAGAAGAGGGUGACAUUCUUGGUUUGUUUUACUGCCACGGUGGAGGUGGAAAUCAAGCAUUUUCGUUGACACAGCGCAAUGAACUAAGACACGAAGAGUUCUGUUUAGAUGUCUCUCGGGCAGGGGACCAUGUGAGAAUGUUGGAGUGCCAUGGGCUUGCAGGAAACCAGAAGUGGGAACACACACAAUCUCGGACAUUGCAUCACCCAGCUUCUGGUCAAUGUUUAGACAGAGGCACAGCAGAGAGUGGAGGAAGUGUAGUAAUGGCAGUCUGCAAUGGCCAAGCAUCUCAGUUGUGGCAAUUUUCACAAUACUUUAAACAGCCUUAGUUAAAUUCGUUUGUGUCUGUAAAUUACAAUUAGCAGUUGGUUGAGCAUGUAUGUAUGAGGGAAAUAUAAUCAACUAGGCACUUACA